GAGGCGAUCAGCGAUCAAAGGCGAAAGCGAUCACAUUGACAUCUCCAGACUGUGACAUCUCGAGCAACUCGCACGAGCUGACGGAUCACCCGCCGCGUCAUUCUGCACUGUACAGACGCGCGACGAGCACUGUCAUUUCGAGCGGUCGGCCUUUGUGAGCAGCCCUGCUGCACGCCGAACUCGCACACUCGACACGUGGCUGGAUAGUCACCUACAUUCAUCUGCAAGAGGCAAUAUCGCGACGUCCCGCACGGACUACAUGGAGCAAGCCAUUCCCGAGACGAGCGGGCUGCCCGUACCAGACGAGUCUGACAUAACAGAAGUACACGAGGUGCAAGACAAUGCGCACUCGGGUGCGGCAGAAACGAGUGAGCCGUACGAGCAAGUCAACGAAGCCCCAUCGGCCCCCAAUGUCGCCGAGCAACCUCAGACCCAGUCUAGCGGUGCCGAACUUGCGGCACAAGCAGAUGCUCCGAACGGGCCAGAACUGCCUGGCGUUUCUUCCGCAUUGGACGCUGAUCUCUCUGCACUUGACGAGCCCUUGCAGUCUGUCACUACUGUCAGUUCAAACGGUCAAAAGUUGACCGAGCUUGGUGCACAACGAUGCUAUUGGUGUAUCAUGGAUGCCGAUCUGCGCUUCCAAUAUCUGGAUCCCGUGCUGGCUAGCCAUCUGGACAAGGAAGCAAAUUUGAUGGUGGGAAGAUCGCUGUACGAAUUCAUACAUCCUCGCGAACUGGCGGACGCGCAACGAGAUUUUGGCGAAUUCCUAGAGUCAAAAUCGCUUUUCGGCAGCGCGACGAGAUGCCUCUUUUCGCGUGUACCACGGCUACGGCAGCUUCUAGGUUGUCCCGAGCCGCCAAAAGCGGUAGACGCGCAUCUCUAUACCUAUGAUGAAGAGUAUAUACCCAUACAAAUUGUUUCCAGUUGGAUUGGGCCCAACACGGUGCUUUGCUUCUUCCACGCGGUGAAAGACAAGGAUAUUAACAGUGACAAUGACGAGGUCGAGCGCUCAUCUUGGUCAAAUUGGUGCGGCGUGGAGGCGAUCGAGCCCGAGAAGCACUAUCUGACUCACUCGGAAUGCUCGGCAAUCAAGACAGCGCUCGACCGCAAUGCAGCUUCUGAAGUAAAGCGCAGUCUCACUGAGACGCCGAAGAGCGUCUUCCAGCUGCUCGACUCGCGCUCAGGUAACAUCAUCCUCAGCUAUCCUCCCAGUGAGAUCCCACGACCGGACAACGGAGGCAUCCAUGUCCUUUACGACGCUAGGCAGUAUGCAGGUCUUGCCAUCGAAGCGCAGAACAGAUCCAAAACUACUAGUCAAGAAGCCAAGACGAGCUGCUCUCGCCGCUUCAAAAGCAGACACUCGCUCGCAGUCAAUGACGGUCUCGCUCUCGUGGACUCUGUCGUCAUCAAGUAUGGCAACCUCAGCUUCGCUGUCUUCCAGGCUGGACCCCACUAUCAAGCGCGUGCGAAUAUGAAUCCGCCCCUUACGGCAGACGAGCUGCUCGCACCACAGAAUGGGUUCGCUGCAGAUCCGAGAGGUACAAAGCGAGCGAGAUCGAACGAGCCGACUGAAUCUGGAUUGCCGUUCGAUCAGCCUCACUGGAACGCCGUACCAAGUGUCAGAGCAGAUGCGAGCUCCGGAGGACCACACGCACAUGCACAGUCUGCCUUCGUACCUGCGCCAGAGCAAUUCGGUCACGCACCCACCUACGAUGCCUCGUAUCAGCCAUACGACCCUCAACGCGGCCCCCGGCCGGCCCCAGGCGCCGGCAUGCCUUAUCCUUCUGGUGCGAUAAGUCCCAUGCCGAUCGGUCAGCAUUACCAGCAAUACGUCGCCAAUGGCAUUCAUGGACAACCCAUUUUUAAUGCUUAUCGGGCGCCUGCUCCGAUGCAGGGCCGGUUCGAGCACUACCAAGGACCACCACCACCGCCUGGCGGACCGUUCCCUGUUGCUGGCCGUGCGCCUCUUCCUUUCCCUACUGCACGCCAGCGCAGAGCUGCACAGGAGACCGCUAAAGUUUGCACAAGCUGCGGCACAGACAAAAGUCCCGAAUGGCGAAAAGGCCCAACAGGUGUCAAGAGCCUCUGCAAUGCCUGCGGCCUUCGUUUCUCGCGAGCUCAGGCUCGAAAGGCAAAGCGAGCUCAGGCGGCCGCGGCCGCGGCGUCUGGCGGCUCUGCUGGAGCUACUGGUGGCCCCGGCACGGUCGGAGGCAAGGGUCAACCUACGUCACAAGCUCAGGCGGCCUACCCUCAUGACGCUCGAGAUGGUGGCGAUAGCGACGAAACGCCUCCCGGAUCAGCUGUUGAUCCGCCCCAUCUGAUUGGGUCUGUGCCGCGGCCGUCCUGGAGCCAGCCUGAUACGGUCAGGCAAGGGCAGUCUGGACAAUACCUCAGUCGCGAUCCGUACGAGCACCGUGCUUAUCCUGAUCCUUACGAUCAGCAGCGCGAUCCACGCGACGCUCGCGAUCCGCGCACCUUUCACGAGGCAGAUCGGCAGCCUCAUUAUGACCCUCGUGGUAUGCAAUAUGUUCAUCAGCAGCAGCAAUAUCACCCUGCACAUCAACAGCAGCGGGAACCACAUCGAUAUUAUGAUGGCCCUCGCGCAGAACAUGAAGGCGAUCCUAGAAUACAGCAAGCAGCACGUCAUGCAGCUUCCUCGCAAGCUCCGUCAUAUGUAGGCGCCAAUGGCUCAGCAAUGCGGGCCACCUCCUCGCAGAGAGACCAGCUAGAGACUUCGUAUGAUCCUCAGAAUGGUCAGAACCCAGCAUGGGCUCAACCUCAAUACGCUCAACGAUGAAUGCGUUGGAAGCUCAUUUGUACCGGACAUUUGCAUUGCUACACUUCGAGCCACCUGCGCAAG